CUGUGAGAUUCAUAUAUAAUAUAUUCAGGUUUUGCUGUCAUGGUGUUACAUAUAGCAAAUGUUUCUUCACUUUAUACAAUAAGCGUUAAGUGCGCUGGUGUGUAUAAUGAGAAAAACAAAAAAUAAUUAAAGCUCUAUUUGAAUUUUAUAGUGAAUAUGAAAUGUAAAAGGUAAUUCAUACUUUUCCGUUUUCUUGCUGUUUUAAAUUCAAUAAUUGGAGAAUAAUUGCUUAAUAUUGAUUGCGCUAGAGCUGUACUAUUAAAGGCCAAGAUAAAAAUAAUAAAUGCACUAAUACUAGCCUUUUAAAAGAAAAUAGAAUGUCUUAUUUUCAAGAAAAACUUACAUUAAAGCUUCAAUUCUGCUCCAUUAGUACGAAGUUGCAUACAUAUAUUUCUAUUCGAUUUACGUAAAUAUAAAAACAAAUUCACCGUUCAACCAGCUUCAUGGCUCUUAAUAGUUGGAACAUUAAAUUUUUUGUAAAAAUAUACUAAGUCAAGAUAAGAAAAAAUGCUUUCACACGUAAAAAUUUACAAGUAAUAAAUGACACGUCAACCGAAAUUUUUAUAAAGAGUUAUGUCCUUAUCGCUGUCGCUCAACUCUUAUUUGUCUUCGUAUGCGAAAAACUAUUUCGAAAAUAACGUGAAAGUACUUUGGUACAAUCAGGAAUUUUCACAAAGUCGAUUCCCACCAGGACAAACAAUUAGCGAAGCAUGUACUCUUAUUUGCCUCCUUGUUGCUCAACGAAUAUCUCAAACAGGAUUAAUAAUAUACGAUGCGGAAAAAUCUCCUAAACUUAUUGCUAUUAUAGCUGAAGCUAUGAUAGAGGGUAAUACUAUUCACGCAUGGAUUGUUAAAAAAGGUUUAGUUUCUCAUCCUUAUCUCAGUACAGAAGAGGCACUGAGACUUGGGGGCAAAAGUUUAAGUCUAUUGAGAGAAUGGACAUUUCAAGUAUUUCAUGAAAAAAUUCAAAGAGGUUUAUAUCAACAUAUAAGUAAUUUCUUACACAAAUGGUACUUAGCACCAAAGUCUAAGAAUUUAUUUAUGCUUCUUAUUACUUGUGGACGAACAGUACUGUUUAUAUUUCAGGAAAAGACUUAUAUGGUAACUUUUUUUGACUCUCAUAGUCAUAGUACAAUUACAAAUCCAAAUCGGGGAUUAGUUAUUGCACAGACAUAUAUAGAGAAUUUGGAACAUUUAUGCAAUUGGUACACGAAGGAUAUAUUAAAUAAAUGUUACAAUACAAAAGCAAACCAAUAUGAGCUAGCCUUUUUAUAUCCAUCCAAUUCACCAUGCUGUGGCUGUGAUCCUGUAUGUAACUGUGGCAAUCAUUGCAAAAAACAAUAACACAUAAUCCUUACUUUUCAAAUGUCAAUAUGUAAACUUUUUAAAGUUAUACAUAUACAUACAAAUAUAU